AUGAGUUCUCAGCAGUAUCCACGUCCAGGAGUCCCUCCGCCUCUAGGACAAGGUCAAGUCCCAGGAGCUAACACUACAGUAGUGUCUGGAACUCAAGUCAAUGAUGGUGCGCGUGAUAAUGACCAUGGUCCACGCGAGCAUGCAUCCAGUGCGGCUGGAGUGGCACCGUUCAGAGAAGACAAACACGAGACGGUGGUGGUGCGACCUUACCCUCAACCCCAACACCAUGGGUCAUCCUCCACUCUACCUCCCACUCUAGCUCAACACCUUCCCAUUCAGCCAGGCACACCUGUGUCUGUGGCUGCCCCACCACCCCACCUGCCCCAGGGCCUACCUCUCGCCUUCACUGAGGGACCAAUGAAGUCUACCCUAAAGACCUCCAUCCCUAGCCGGGUCAUUGCCCCUGCACCAACAUCUACACAAGGACAUCUCACUCUGCCGCCCAAGGUGCCCAGCCAUGUUACCAUGGAGAACACCUUAGCACAGUCUUCUGGUAUACCUGUGGCAACCAUUAGUGGCCAACAGGGUCAUUCAGGGAACCUACACCACCUAAUGGCCACUAACGUGCAGAUCAUUCGGAGUGGAACCCCCACCCUGCAGAUAGGGUCUUCAGCUACGCCCCAACACCCGUUUGCACCACAUUUACCCAAAGGAGCUGCAGCCGCUGCUGUGAUGUCCAGUACCAAAGGGCCCACUGUGCUGCGGCCAGCCACAGGUCCCAGUUCUGUGGCAGGACAGCCCACAGUCCAGCACAUCAUCCACCAGCCUAUUCAGUCACGUCCGAUUGUCACGACCUCCACUGCAGUGUUGCCGACUGUUGUGGGUCCAGUCACUGCCACCAGGCCUCAGUCUCCAGUCAUCAGCACGGUGCCUGCCCACACUGCAGAAAUUGUCCACGGACGUCAGGCGUUGACGAUCCAUGCUCCUCCAGUCUCUGUCAGUAUCCAGCGGCCUCCUCCGUCACGGGAGACACCCACUCGUAUCACUCUCCCAUCCCACCCUGCCGUGGGUGCCCAGAAACCCCUCCCCCAUUCAAUGGCACAGAAGCCCAUCUUCAGCACAGUGACUCCUGUUGCUGCAGCUACAGUGGCUCCCAUUCAGGCUACUAACACUGCACCAUCUCCAACCACAACAGCCUCAACUCCUCACACCCAGAUAACAACUAGUAACAUUGUCACCAUGACAAUGUCCUCACAUUCCACCCAUGCCACAACAGUGACAACCUCAACCAUUCCAGUGGCUAAAGUGGUUCCCCAGCCGAUCACACAUACAUCCCCACGGGUUCAGUCUGAGUACUCCAGCGAGAGGGGCAACCUCAUCCCCAUUCCUGGCCAUCGCUCCUCCCCCAACCCCAUCACAAUGGAGAACCGCAGUGAUAACAGACAAUCAGUUCCAGUUCAGUUCCAGUACUUCCUGCCUGCCUACCCAUCAGCCCCAUACCCCCUGACCCACACCUAUACUCCCAUCACCAGCUCUGUGUCCACCAUCCGACAGUACCCAGUGACAGCUCAAGCCCCCAGUGCAGCCCUACCAGCUCAAACCACUGUGGGUGUGGCCUCAGCAGUUCAUCUUAACUCCAUGCAGUUGAUGACAGUUGACCGCAUCGCUCAAAUCAACACACAAAACAUCCAACCAACAGCUAUGGCACCUCAGGGUAUCCAACCUACACCCAUCACAGCCCAAGGCAUACACACAUCCACUCAGAUCUCCAACCAGGGUGUGCAGGCUGCACCAAUCAACAGUCAGCAACCCUCCUCAGAUUCCAAAGCAUCAGUUGUACUGGCUGAUGGCUCCACUUUGGUGGCUAACCCCAUCAGCAAUGCGUUCAACUCCAGUCAGGUUGCUUCUACCGUGGCCCAGAGUCACCCUCAGAGUGCCAGCACAGGAACCCCCACGCUGGUGUCCUCACCACGGCCCAGCAUCCUCCGCAAGAAGCCCGCCAACGAAGGGUCGGCAGUGAGGAAAAACCUGAUCCCGGGUCAGCUUGGUGAAUCUGCAGGUCCUAGGGUAGAAGGAGCUAUGAGGAGUGCAUCAGGAUCACCAAGGCCAGCUGGAGUGAAGCCCAAACCUGACAUCCAUGUGGCCCUUGCUCCCCCAGUCUCUGCUGCCAUGGAGGCUGUUCCCACCCAGGGUAGUGAACAGCAGCAGCAGCACGGCUCCUCCCCCUCCCAGUCAGUCUCCUCUCUCCUCACAGCUGGAGCAGCACCUCCCUCCCAGCCCGCCUCAGCCCUCUCCACAAUCCCAGCAGCGAUGGCGGUCACUCCACCCAUCCCCUCCCUCAACAGUGCAGUAGCCACACCCACCCAGCCGGCAGCCAGUAGUGCAGCGGCGUGCGCCAUCAGCUCCACCUUCCCAGACAUGAAUAUUAAGCAGGAGGUUGAGCCCAUGGACACCUCAAAACCAGUGCCCUCUGCGACACAGAGUGGUGCGUCAACUCUGGCUGUACCUACAGCUGAGGCAGUCCCAGGUGCCUCACCGCGCAAAAAGCCCCGCAAGCAGCAGCAUGUCAUAUCCACGGAAGAGACGGAGAUGGUGGAGACGAAUAGCACAGACGAGGAGAAAGUGCAGGCUCGGCCCCUCAGCCACCGCGCGGAGAAACGCAAGUCUCCGCCCAGAGAGUACAUCGAUGAAGAGGGAGUGCGUUAUGUCCCUGCUCGCGUUCGUCCACCAAUCACGUUGCUUCGACACUACCGUAACCCAUGGAAGGCUGCUUACCACCACUUUCAACGAUACAGUGACAUCCGCAUCAAAGAGGAAAAGAAGGGCACCCUGCAGGACAUGGCCAAUCAGAGGGGAGUGGUGUGUCGAGCUCAGGGCUGGAAGGUUCACCUGUGUGCUGCUCAACUCCGACAGCUGACGAGCGUGGAACAUGACGUGUACAGCCGUCUCACCAACCUACAGGAGGGCCUUAUCCCGAAAAAGAAAGCCGUCGCUGAUGAUGAGCUGCAUCGCAUUAAUGAGCUCAUUCAGGGCAACAUGCAGCGCUGUAAACUGGUGAUUGACCAGAUCACCGAGGCACGUGAUGCCAUGAUGAAGGUUCUGGAUCAUAAGGAACGUGUUCUCAAGCUGCUCAACAAGAACGGCACCGCCACCAACCUCUCCAAGUUAAAACGCAAAGACAGGGCCUGA